UAGGUUUUCUUAUAAGACGACGAUGUCAACAGCAGCAGCAGAACAGUCGACGUGACAUCUGUGCAGAGCGUAGACGGAAAAGCGACGACGCGGACGUUGUGUGUUGAAGUGUUUUUCCAGCUUGUGUUUGUGUGUGUGUGCCAGGAUAUUCAUGCCAUUGUGAAACAGAAAUUAUCUUAGUGCUUUCAAUAACAAACGCGUUCCACAAGACAACGCAACUAAUCAACUUAUCGAGAGUGCUGCAGAAGCAACGACCAACAAAAUGCAAACAUUUACUAUUUAUACGCUACUGGGGAUGACCAUCGUCAUGACGGCGGCACAUGCCACACCCACUCUGGGUGGCAGCGACAACUCGAUAAACAGCGAUUAUGGCCAUCGAAAUGAUGAGCAGAUAAUGAUCAAGUUGAACGAGAGGUGCAUUCAAAAUGACAAUCAUUCGUGCACGAUGCUCAAAACCAUUGUCUUUAUGGAUCGUCUGUUAAAGAAAUCCAACAUUGAUCUUAGCGAAAAUUUCAGAGUCUCACGCAAUAGAGAUAUUCCCGAUGUGCCAGACGAUCCUGAAGAUGAACUUUUGCUGGCACGUGCCAUGGAUUCGGAUGAGGAAUCUUACGGAUUACUUAUAGCCAAUAAAUUGUGGCGAUUCGUACGCUCUCGCUCGCUGCGCUAUAAAUUCUCGGAUAAUGCCGAUUUCGUCAUGAGCAGUGAGCCGAAAGGCAGCGUCAACAUUGGAUUCUCUGUGCGUCCAAUUGAGGCCCUGGAAGAGGGACGCGGCAAGAUGAAGAACAUGGGCCCACUGAUGAUGAUGAUGGCUGCAAAAACGGGAAUGGUGGGAGCUCUUUUGUUGAAAGGACUCUUCUUGCUGGCCGGUAAGGCUCUGAUUGUGUCGAAGAUUGCACUACUACUGGCCGUCAUCAUCUCGCUAAAGAAACUGCUGUCGCAGAAGAAGACAAUUGUGGAAGUGCCAUCGCAUCAUGAUAGCUAUAGCGCCGGCUGGUCACGUGCUUUGGAUGGAUUCGUCGAAGGCUUGGCCGAAGUGCCUGCCCACAUAUUAUCACAGGACGCGCAGGACAUGGCUUACAACGCUCAGCAGCCAACCAAGGUGGUGCAAUAAAAGAUUGAACUCGAAAAUUGAAGAAG